AUGUACACCCUCCUCUUCUCGAUAUGGCUGCUGUUGGUGGUGAAUGUGGACUCGAGAACAACACAAACUCGAGUGGAAUAUGUGCCGCCAACCAUCUUCCAGGUGGGCACGGGCAAAGGAUAUUACAAGGCGGCCGAUCUCUUCAAAAGUUCCAUCAAUAACACGGUCGAUCCCUGCGAUGAUUUCUUUGAAUACGCGUGCGGAACAUGGAUCUCAAACAAUUCAAUUCCUAAGGAUUUGACGUCUUAUGGGCAUUUCUCUGAGCUCAGGGAGAAGGUGAACAAGGAAAUGAAAGGUAAGGAUCAAAUCAUCUUGUUUUUACGGUAAAGCAAAAAAACUUUCAAUCGGAACUCAGGGGAUGCAACUGAGGUUUCUAGGGACCUUCUGCAAAGGUCUAAAGAUUUGACAUUUUUAUCGGAAAAUUCUCAUACGAUUUUGCUUCUAGUCUGAUCAAAUUUACAAGUAUGAUUUCUUACGAUUAGCCAUCUUUUUGAAGUCCUUUAUAAUUCCGUCAUCAUUUUUUGGUACUGUAAAUUAUUAUUUGCCAUGUUUGACCUUUUCAUCCCUAAUCAGGCCUCCAAUUAAGAGAAUCCCACGUUGUUCGCGUCACGAGGUAUUGUUUUCAGAUUUAUACGAAAGUCCUGCAAAAUCAAGUUCAUCCGCCAUAAACAAAUUAAAAUUGUUUUACAAGGCCUGUAUGGAUACCGAUAAUCUGAACAAACUGAGGUCAGGGAAGCUGCUGGAACAGAUUAAGGUAAUUUUCGAGUGGAAUUCGUACUUUUUGGAAGUAAAAGACCAAAAAUAGGAUUUUGAUGCAGUAGUAAUUUUGAUGACUAAAGUAAUAUAAAAUGUGACGUUUUUUGCAAGUUCGCUGUUGCGAUUUUUACAGCUCUGUUUUUUUCCAGGAUUUUGGCUACUGGCCAAUUCUGUGGCCGGAAGAAUGGCGCAAGGCCGACUUUGAUAUCACCCAAACCCUCAUUAACUUUGGCCUUUCCCGCGCUCUCGACGUCUUCGUGGACGUCUACGUAUCUCAUGACCAGAAGAACGUCAGUCGUCGCAUUCUGCAUUUUGACCAAGGAGGUCUCGGACUAGGAAGUUCGGCCAGGGAUUAUUAUUUAAAUGAGACCAAAUAUGCAAAACAAUUGAAUGCUUACGAGAAUUAUAUCAAUGGAAAGCUAGCACUUUUGGCCGAAGAUGCCGGUGUAAAUCGAAGCAAGGAAGCAAUCGCCGCGGAUGUCAAGGAAAUCAUUGCGUUUGAGAAGGAGUUCGCGCAUAUUUUGGUAUCAGAAGAUGACAGAAGGAACUACACCAGGAUGUACAACAUGAGGAAGCUGUCGGAUCUCAAAACUCUCAUGCCUCUGAUCGAUUGGCAGAGAUAUUUCUACGCUUUGAUGCCUAAGGACAUGUACGAUUACCUUCAAACUGACCCGGAUGUCAUCAUAAAUGAGAUCGAAUUCUUUAAUCGACUCUCGGAACUAAUUCAAAAGACCGACCUCAAGGUGAUCGCUAACUACAUGUUCUGGAGAUUCACCUCCGGAUGGUCUCUUCAGCUCGAUGAAAGGUUUGAGGACGUCACCCAAGAGUUUAUGAAACAGUUUGUGGGAAAACAAACCAAAUCUCCGAGAUGGAAGGAUUGUGAAUCCGCCGUGAAUUCAAGACUUAAUUACGCCUCAGGGGCUAUGUAUGUGAGGGAAUUCUUCAAAGACGAUGAUCGGAAGGCAGCUCAAGACAUGGUCAAAGAUCUGAGAGAGGCGUUUAGAACCAUGUUGAAGGACAAUGACUGGAUGAAAGACGAAACAAAGGCCUAUGCGCUGAAGAAGGCCGAUGAGAUGCAGGCUCUGAUCGGAUAUCCUGACUUUGUCUUCAACGACACAGAGUUGGAUGACUAUUAUGGGAAAGUAAGCGACCUAAACUCGUUAUAAAUAAUACAAAACUUUAGCUGAAUACGUCGGAAACUGAUGGCUAUGCGGAUCUUAUCAAGGAUUACUCCAUUUGGGCGCAACACAAAGCCUUCAGAAGGCUGAAAGAAGAGGUUGAUCGGGCUGAGUUUGGAACAAGUUCUGCUGUUGUCAACGCGUUCUAUUCUAGCGUCAAAAAUGGAAUAAGUAAGCCGUUUGCUUACCCACAAAUUCAAAUAAUCAUAUUUUAGCAUUCCCUGCGGCAAUUCUCCAAGCCCCAUUCUUCGAUGCAACCUUCCCUAAGGCAGUCAAUUAUGGAGGAAUUGGCUCAGUGAUUGGCCACGAGAUCACUCAUGGGUUCGACGACACUGGCAGUCAAUUCGAUGCUGUUGGAAAUCUGCACAACUGGUGGGACAACGAGACCGAAGCCAGAUUCAAGAACCUAACUCAAUGUAUCGUUGAUCAAUACGGAUCGUAUGAAGUAGAAGGGACUGGCCUUAAAAUCAAUGGAAUUCUCACUCAAGGGGAGAAUAUCGCGGAUAACGGAGGGAUUCGACAAGCUUACAGAGUGAGUUAUUUAAGGGAUUCAGUUUAUUAGUGAUCAUGGAUAAUAUAAAAAUAAAUUCGUUUUAGGCCUACCGCAACUACAUCCGAAAGCUCGGACAUGAAGAGAAACGAUUGCCGGGCUUCGAGGAGUACACCAACAAUCAAAUCUUCUACAUCAGUUACGCUCAGGUAUAAAUUGCGACGUUAUUUUACACUACCCACCCAACCAAUCUAAUUCUUCGGUUUCAGAGUUGGUGUGGGCAUGCGAAGCCCGAGGCCACUGUCAGACAACUGAUCAUAGAUCCUCACUCUCCCAUGAGAUUCCGAGUGAACGGAGUUGUCUCCAAUCAGCCAGAAUUCGCGAGUGCCUUCAGUUGUUCGGCCGGCUCUCCCAUGAAUCCAAAGAAGAGAUGUGUGGUCUGGUAG